CGCACAGCUACAGACAGCUUGAGGAGGUGCAGCUCAACUACAAGCCGAGCAACUCUAAAGUUAUUUGACUCAGUAGCCUGCCACAGUCUUCGUAUACAAGCACGUCAAGUACAACUAUGGUGUGUGCAGGUGUGCUGAGGGGACUCAUCCUGUUCUCUCUCUUCUUCUCUGGAGUCUGGGGUGAAGAAAAGACUCUGGACCAGAAUACUAUCGCUCCUGCCAUCAAGUUUCUUCGCCGCUACCAACCAGGGAGUGCUAACCAGUUUGCCGUCGCCUUCAACGCACCUGUAGAUAGGUGUGCUGACUACCUCGAUAACAACUUCCUCGACACAUAUCCUGGAGACACUGUGAAGGAUGCUCUUAACAGUGCUGAACGUCUCUACAAGGGUGAAAAACUGAUUGCAGCUAAACCAAAGCCCAUUCCAGGCACAAAACCACCAAGAAACCAACAUUCAGAGUAUCUUCUCCUGAUGUUACCCACUGUCGAUGGGUCUCCAAUGAAAGAGCUCCUUAAUAAGGACAAAACGGGUUGUGUGGUGUUCUAUACUUAUAAUUCUCCUUGCACAAGUACCUGCAUCACACAUGGGAGGCGUUUUAAUAUCAUAGAAGCUCUAGAGAUGUUCAAGACACACAAUGGUCCAAAGGCUUUUGUCUUUACAGAGGUAUGGAAGUAUGAUUGUGACAAAGAUAUUUCCACCAACCUUAAAGAAGUCCUAGAGAGUGUCCCCCUCUAUCGUUGUAGAGAUGACGACAAUUGUGUUGCUUGUACAGCUGCCAAUCUUAACAGCUGUACACAGAAAUAGAAAGAGGAGACUGUGAGGACAGAUUUAUAAGAUGCUUUAUAUAAGGUCACAGGAUGAACACAGUAAAAGACGAUGAGAACAGUAAAAAGACUGUUUAGUUUUGGUAGAAGACCAGCUUAGCAAUGUCAGAGAGACUUGCGCUGUUUUGUCUGAAGAGAUGCAUGGUAAACAUGUUAAUAUUACCUUUCGACUGUCUGGAUUGCUUUUAGCAAAUUCUUAAAAUUCUGCAAUAA